GCGGCCAUUCCAGAAGAAGCUCCUGCAGAUUCAGAGGAUCCUCCGUCUAGAGGCCCGCCAGCAGGGGCCACAACAACAACCUUCGCGCUAAUGUCCAGAACUCUCGAUUCUGUUCUCUUUUCAUCGCCUAACACUUCCGUCGCUGAGACUUUGAUGGUCAAAGGGACGACAGCACCCGCUUUUCCCGUCUCUUUUGAGGAGGUUAAUAGUUCGGGGCCACUGGAUAAUGUCCCUCUGUCCUCAGUGGAUCCAUUCUCGGCUGCGCCAUUUAACCCUGCUACGAUUCAACAGCACCACGCGGCUCAACGGCAGUUACAGAGUCAGUCCAUGGAAACGUCUCCCAUCCCACCACCAAGGGUUUCACCUGCGACUGUGGCUUCUUCUACGUCUGCGGUCCCCAAUAUAUCACCAAGUUCCAUUUCUGAUUGGCCAGCUCUUGUCGGUGGCGGCAGUAGUGGUGCUGUGUCAACUCCAUUCGCUCCCCACGAAACGGAAGCCUUUACAACCAAUUCUCUUUUUACGCAAACUUCCCUGGUUCCUUCAAUCUGCACUCGUUCUCCUCCGAUUGCAUCGAUAUCGCCGUCUCAAUUCUCUUCCGCAAACACCCAAAGCUUAGUACCACAUUCUCACUCGAUGACCCUAUUUGGAGCUGAUUCAAAGAGUUCGCCACCGGCGACAACAGUUCCAUCGGAACUGACUUUGGUCCGAAACCCGCAGUUGAAAGAUCCCUCUUCUGUCCCCGCGCCUUGGAUCCCCGGUCAGCUCCCCCCUGAGCCGACCAGUUUCAGUGACGACCCCUUUGAUCUGGGCUGGGCAGAGCGGGCUACCGCAAUGGCCAAGGGCCAACUGGCGACCUGCACUGUUUCGUCCAUUCUUCCGCCCCCGGCCCAGACUCCUUUCGGUGCGAGUCCCGCCGUUCCUGGCGUGUCCACCAAUCCCUUCCUGAACCCGUUUCCCGACAGACAAUGA